AUGGAGGACCCAAGCAGCAAAAUUGCCACGAAUGGCGCAAGUACCAUCUGCAAAAGAUGCAACGAGGAACCUGCAACCCAGCAAAUUCGAUCGGAGAGAGUGUGCGGCAAAUGUUUUACGCAGUACGUCGCAACGAAGGCGAUCAAGCGUAUGGAAACAUACCGGAUGAGAGGCUCUACGAUCACACCCAGAAAGCUUCUGUUUCCUCUCUCCUUCGGUCCGUCCUCUGCGGCACUGUUACAAAUUUUGGACCAACAUCUUCAGGGUCAAUUCGACCGGAUGAAUCGAGCUGCGUACGAACUACAUGUGGUUCAUAUCGAUCUAUACUUAGAGGCUGCGGAUCGAGAAGACUCAGCCAAACUGCUGGAGAAGUACAAGGCUCGUUUCCCAAGACACGCGUACUCUUCGUCUGGUCUGGAGGACGCGCUUCUACUGGACAACAUAGAUUGGAAAGCGUUAGGACUUCCUAUCCCCACCGAACAGGAAUCUCAAAGGCCUGGAACAGAGAGAUUGCAAGCGCUUGUUGGCUCCAUGCCUUCAGCGACCUCACGGAAGGAUAUUGCUACGACUUUACUUACUCGACUCCUAGUGGAUGUUGCAAAGAGAAAUGGUUGCGAAUGCAUUUUGUUUGGAGAUUCUACUACAAGACUCGCCGAGAAGACGCUUACCGAGACCGCAAAGGGCCGUGGCUUCUCACUACCGUGGCAAGUGUCUGAUGGCAUGUCUUCUUAUGGCGUUGGAUUCAACUAUCCCUUACGAGAUCUUCUCAAGAAAGAGCUCGUGAAUUUCUCUUCACUCACAACUCCCCCACUUGCGGAUCUGAUCAUUUGUCAGAAUGCGUCUUCUCACAUAUCUGCUUCUUCAAAGUUGACCACCAUUGACGAUCUAAUGGUCCAGUAUUUCGAGUCGGUGGAAGAGAAUUAUCCCAGCAUUGUAGCCAAUGUGGUACGGACAUCUAGCAAGCUCAAGCCAAUGAGCGGCGAUGCUACGACGGCCUGCGGUCUUUGUAGACUGCCUGUCUCGGAAGGCACUGAUGGGAUCUAUGGCUGGGGUGGUGAUCAGAACUCAGAUUCACGGCCGAUCAAGCUGGAAAGUGAUCAUGGUAUUCUAUGCUACGGUUGUUCUAGAUCUAUCAAUGGCUGA